AAAACUGUUCAAAAUAGUAAUGAGCGGAUUUAAAAAUCAAGAAGAUAUCGUACAAACAAUAAAUGGAAAUUUCGGAAGAUGGCAAUUACGCACCAUAGUAUUGAUAUUUUUGUGUAAAAUUCCCACCGCUUGGUUUACAAUUUGUGUUAUUUACACGGCACCCACUCCCCAAAAGGGCGAUUACUAUUGUAAACCUGGGGAAUUUCUAGAGACUAACUCAACUUUAACAGACAACUAUAUGUCUUACAAUUUGCAAAAGGACAUCCAAAGCACAGAUAAACAGUUUCAAGUGGAUGCUUGUCACACCUAUAAAGCCACAUUGGAAACGAGUUUUGCUCAUAAAAAUUUAAGAAAUUACUCGAAUCCCUUCUCCAAACCCAAGCAGAGAACCACACAACAGUUAAAUGUUCAUUUGGUGCCUUGUAUCAAUUUUGAGCACAAUUCCGAAUAUCAAUCGUUGGUAACGCAGUUCGAUUUGGUGUGCUCACGAGAGCUGUUGGUCUCGAUGACCCAAUCGUUUCAUGCCUUGGGGGCUUUAAUAGGGGGUUUGGUGGCGAAAAAGGCUUUGAAUCAUAUUAGUCCCCGCCGUCUGAUGUUGUAUGGCAUGUUGGGCCAGAUUAUGUGUGGCAAUCUGACGGGUUUGGUGUCCUCGUUCGUUUUACAUGUCUAUUAUCGCUGUUUGACUUCGGUGUUUUGUGCUUUCAUGUACACAUCGGGACAAGUUAUAUUAACCGAUAUAACCGCUGGCAAAGCUAGAACCAUAAUUGUCACGCUCUCCGAAUUAUUUUGGUCCAUUGGUCUUAUACUCUUACCGGGCAUAUCAAUAUUUUUUGAUAGUUGGAGUUAUCUAUACAUAGCGAUAUCUACUUCCGUAAUACUCCUGGUAUUUUUGCACAGAUGGAUUUCCGAUAGUCCUCGAUGGCUCUUGAAACACAAUAAAAUCGAAAAGACUUUACAGCUGUUAUUGGAAUCGGCUGCUUUUAAUAAUCGUGAAAUACCUUUAGAUUUGGAAAAUCAACUGGAGUUGUAUGCCCAAAAUUUGAGAAACACCAAAGAGAGUAAUUAUUGGUCUAUAUGGGAUGGUAAAACUCCGAGAGUUUUUAUUAUUUUAAUUCAUUGGGCCUGGGUGGUAUCGGCUGUUCUGUACAAUGUCAUGAUUUUGAUGAUUAGAACCCUGGGAGUGGAACAUUUACAUGUUAAUACAGCCUGUUUGGGUUUUGCUGAAAUGUUGGGAGUGUUUUUGGGUUUAUAUCUGAUCUUGUAUACCCGACAUCAUUGGCUUUGGUGUGGCUAUGUAAUGAUGCUGGCCGGGUUCAUUACAUAUCUUAUAUGGUUUAUACCAGACACAAUCAAAGAAUCCCGCAAAAUAGGCUUUGAAAUGUUAUUCUGGAUUCUACUCAAACUGGCCAACUCUGCCUAUCUCUCUAUACUAACCACCUGUACCGGCCAAUUGGUGUCUGCGGAGAAACGUUCCAUCUUAAUGUUGUCCUCUUCGUGUUUCAGUCGUUUCUGGUUGGUUUUUGCCCCCUUCAUUAUCAUAACCACCAAAUUUCACAUACUUAUACCCAUCACAGUGUUCGCUUCGUUGGCUGUUAGUAGCGGGGUGUUAAUGUGUUUUCUAAACAUUCACUUUUGGAAUGAUGAACAGCCAAAAAUCUGUAAAAUUCCUACACCCAACACCUACAGAAGAAAAUCAUCCACAAUUUUGCUACAACGUCGUCGUAGUUCAUGCAUCUCCGAGAUGAGUGCAAUGGAAAAUCAAAGUUCUGAAGGUGGUGGUGGUUACGAUAAUCCCUUGACAAUAAGUAUAACGGAUUUAUGGCAUAUGAAUCGAGGUAUGGGUUGUAUAGAAGAAUUGGAAAUGUAUGAUAGUGUCUCGGAGGGGAGUAUGAAGGAGGAAAUGAAAGAGAAUAAAAUGCAAAGAAUUUAAACAGUGGAAAUAAAUAGAUUAAAUAGAAUAAAUAGAAUUUUAAUGAAUUAUUUAUACUUAGCAGAAUUUUUGUU